AGUAGAGUAUUCAUAACAUUUAAUAAUUAUGUGGAAAUGGAGGAAGAACUGUGUUAUCAAUUCUAAACGAGGAAGAUCUCAAAAGUGAUUUUAUUGAAUAUGUGCAUCGUUUGUGAAUAAAGAUUUUCUGUACAAAGAUGGCUGGAGAAUCGGAACAUUUACUAGGAAGUAUAAAGAAUCAAAGAGAUCACAUAAUUCUUAGAGCAUGGACGUCUGGAUACACGAGAAGAUGGAGCCGAAAUCUACGAAACAUGUCUCUUGUACUCAUAAAUAUCAUAUCAAAUUUAGCAGGGAAUGUGACUCUCACAAUUUUAUCACCGACAAUCCAGAAGAUUGGAUCAGACGGCUUUGUACUACUAGUCCAUGCAGUUGUUAUAGCUAGUGUCUCAUUGGCAGUGCUUGUGAUCUUUACAAAGAUUUUCAUCGAUAAAUCAGUAUCAUUAACUCCAGCCUCCAGUCCAAAAAUUAUUUCGGCUAAUGCUUUCACAAAUGUGGCCAGUUAUGUUUUGAUAUUAUAUUCCAGUCCCCCGACAAGAACUCCCUCCUACCUACAAAGUAUUUUAUUCAUCACUGUUUUGCCAUUUACUUUUCUGUGUCGACUGCUUAUUCUUCGAAAAGGCGUUUCAGUUGGGCGAGGACUUUGUUGCUGUGUCAUCAUUGUUGGUUUAUUUAUUUCAUCUGAGCCAUAUAUCUGGGGUCUUAAUACAAAACAAAAGAUAACCAACGCCUCCAAUUCACUCACAGAGAGGAUUUUAUGGCCUCUAUGCAACGCCCUUGGAUUUAUCCCAUUCGCCCUAGUCAACCUGACGUGCGAAAAAGAACUGACCAGAAAGAACAGUAAAGCGCUGAAUUUCGUUAUGUGGUCUCUCUUUGGUCAAGUCAUCAUGAUGGUAGCAUUAUUUUGGACAGAUUUAAUACCUGGUUUUGGAAUGGCAAAUGGCAUAUCAGAUUUCAUAAGUCAUGCAAGAAAGGGAUUAGUCUGUGUGUAUUCGACGAAUUCAAAUUGCGGAGAUGUUCUGGCUAAGUCAUGGAUAUUUAUUUCUGCUUUUACAAUUGGAACUAUAUCAAAGUACCUUCUCAUUCAAAGUUCUGAUGGCGCCAUCUUCGCCGCCAUUGUUGAAGCAGUAGUAGGACCCUUUGUGACUUUGUUCUGGACACUUUUUGAAUAUACAGAAGCUGAGAACAGCGUACGAUGGAAUCCAGUUUUCAACGAAACAUCAGUGUUUUCUCUGGGUGGAUUUUCGAUGAUGAUCCCCGGGUUGAUUGUGUACAACUACCUCACUGUUCAAGAGGAGCAAUCUAAAGAGGAAUCUUUAUAUGAUCUAGUGAAUUAAAAACUUAUAUGAUCUGUGGAAUAGCUCAGGCUGAUUAUCAUUCAUAUCAUGACGCGGUGUAUGUAUAUUUUUCAGUGUGGAAUUCACAAACUAUGAUAAUGAUUCAAUAGUUCAUUUAUGGUCGGAUACCAACUGUAUAUAUGUAGAUAUAUAUUGUGUAUAUUAUUCUUUAAAAAUGUAAUAAUGAUAUAAUAGUUUAACUAUUGAUAUUGAAAUAUAAAUAAAUGGAAAAACAAAGAA